GGGAUAGGAAAUUUAAGGCAAGAGGAUAAAGUGUUUGAAAAAGUGGAUCCGCUUCCGCUAGGGGAGAAGGUUAGGAAUGGAGAUAAUCCGAGCAAGUUAUGGCGGUUUCUGUAGCUCCAACGUCAGAUUGCUUCAGCCGUCUGCUUUAACGUUCUCGAAGACCUCCCUCCCUACUUGUCAUUCCCCAUUUCGAAGAGUUCCGGCUACUUCACACUCAAUUUCGUCUCUGAAGCCCACACUUGCUCGCCGGAAACCUACCGCUUGCGCACUUCUCGACGAUAAUGAUCCCGAUUCCACGGCGGAUGUCGCAAAUGCUGAUCUGUCGUUCGCGGUGAAGAAGAGGGCGUUUGAGAUAUCCCCUGAUUUGAAAGGAACUUGUAUAUUUCUUGUUGGGAUUAAUAGCUCCAUUAAAUCCAACUUGGGGAAACUUCUUGCAGAUGAAUUGAAAUACUAUUAUUUCGACAGUGAUAGUGUAGUUGAAGAUGCUGUAGGAGGAAAGGAGGCUGCUACAUCAUUUAUACAGAGCGAUAAGGAGGGGUUUCAGGACACAGAGACAGAGGUACUGAGGCAGCUGUCAUCCAUGGGCCGGCUGGUUGUUUCUGCUGGGAAUGCUGCUGUUCGGAAUGCAACCAAUCUGGCACUUAUAAGGCAUGGCAUAUCCAUAUGGAUCAAAGUUCCUUUACAGUUUGUGGUCAGGGAGGUUGUGGAUGAUAAAUUUCAACUUCCUGCAUCAUAUGUUUCGGUUUCUGGAUCCUAUUCUGAGGUGUUGGCUCAGCUGACUGCUGUUUAUGAAGAAACGCAGGAUGGAUAUGCCACAGCUGAUGCAACUGUCUCGCUCCAGAAAGUAGCUUCUGAGUUGGAUUAUGAUGAUAUUGAAUCAGUGAGCACAGAAGAAUUGUGUUUGGAGGUUAUGAAGGAGAUAGGCAAACUGAUGAGGAAAAAGAAGAUGAUGGAAGAAGCUGCCAGGCCAUUUUAGCUGUGAGUUGGUAUACUUUAAUCAUCCAUCCGGACUUGCUACAUUAGCUCUUACUCAUUUCUGUAACAUGAAAGAAAUCAUUUUUGUGCAUUGAUGUAUAAGAUGAGGAUGUUUUGUUUUUGAACUUGAUGUGUAUAUAUAUAUUAAAAUGCUAGUCAACAUCUUCCUAGAUAAAGCCAUUUGGGUAAAAUGCAACUUGAGAAGAUUGUGUUGGUGGUGACUA